UCCCGGCCAAACGGCGACGACCCUCGCCCGUCGUCGCUCGUUCUCGCGCGCGAUUUCGAGUAUCCGUUCGGACGUAAGCGUUGUCGAUCGGCGUGUCCACCGUCCACGCGACAGAAUCGACCCCCUGCGAAGGGGAUAGGAAUAAUUCAACGGUCGGUCGUAUGACGCGGCAGGAACUUCCGUCGUGACUGUUCACCGUGUUCCUACUUCGCGUGAAUUUGUCAUGUCGCGGUGAAUAAAGAGACCCACAGACACUUACGUCAGUUCCUUCGGUGGAUUCGGAAUUAUGCUCGCGAUUAUUUGGACAAAUUACACUGGGUGAUCGCGGUUCGACCACGUUAUGGAAUCGUUUCCAAGUCUGCAAUGCCAUGGAAUCAUAAGGGGUCGCACGAUAAAGGAGCACCAACCGCAAGGAACACUGCAGCCGAUCACCUAGACAGGACGGUACGCAGAUGUUUCAGGUGCAUCCGCCAUCAUGACGUCGUGGAUCGCGUGGCAGAGGAUCGAUACCUGAGCUACAGGCCGCGGGAAGAGUCAACUAUCCUCCUCGGAGCCGAAAUCUUCGAAGGCGAGGAAAACACGCGGGAGGAAGAGGAAUGGUCCCUUGGGCCUUCGGCGUGCCUCUCGUCCUUGUUUCUGCUCUGGGUCUUCUUCUCAAUGGUUACGUUCUCCUCGUGGUUCUUGGAUUGGGCAAACAGACGCAGCAGCAACAAACCGCGAAUACUUUGUUGUUGAUACAUUUGGGCGCGGUGGAGGCGGCCGUGUGUCUGAUAUUACUGAUCUUUACUACUGGUUCCUGGCCGAUCGCCGGCACUUGGUGCGUUCUACACGGUUUCCUUUUGGCUCUCCUACAUCCGGUCGCUCUUUGGACUGUGACUGGAUUGAACUGCGACAGGUAUUACGCGAUAGCCGCACCGCUGCAUUACGCUGCAUUGGUCUCGCCAAGACGCGUUGCAGUUGGAUUGGCUGCAUCCUGGACAGGCGCUCUGUUUUUGUGCAUGUUGCCUUUUUGGGGCUUGGUACCACCGUACAGAUAUAGCCCGGGUCUGGGCUGCUGCGCCCCGGAUUUCGGUAACGAUUCCUGGGGUUUAGCGGCAGUUCUCUACGGGGCGGUUUACGCGAUCCUAGGGCUGGCGUUGCCCGCGAUUCUGGUAACCGUAUGCAAUUUGCGCGUGCUCGGCAUAGCCCGUUACCACCGUCAUCGCAUCGCGAGCGCAAUUUACGAAGUUACCUUGAGUGCCCAGGUGACCAUCACCCAUCAACGGAAUCCGUUUUUCGUACCGACUGUCACCGCGCCUUCUGCCGUCAGCCCGCCACGUUUCCACAGCGCGGCCAGCACGGUAAUGCAACUGGUUGGCUCGCUGUAUUUGCUUUAUUUCCCAUACUGUGGCCUGAUUCUUUGGGAGGUUUGCGGUGUCGGGAAUCAACCCCAUUUCUACGAUCACCCAAAACUGGCCUCGUUGGCCUCUCUUUUACUCGCCUGUUCUCCACCCAUCAACGGUCUUCUCUACGGCUUGAAAUCACAGACCCUUAGACGAUCCGUGCAAAAUUACUGGCGAAAAAAGGCGACAAAGUCGGAGCUUCAACACGAGAUCCAAGCUAGGACACCGAGCGCAGCAGGAUCGAGAAGGCCAUCCGGAAGUGGGACUGGUUCUUUCUUCCCUUUCCCGCCAUUACAACGAAGACUGAGCGAGGCACUGUUGGCUCUCGGCUCCUGCAGAACCGGAAACAGUUUCGACAGUAACAAUCUCGGUUUCCAUCGAGGAAGACUGCAACCUGCUGCCUCCUGCAAUACGCUUCGAGUACCGACUUCCGAAUCAGGGGAAAGUAGCAAGUUGGUGAGAUCGAGUGCAAGCGCGGCAAGCUUGAUGGGUCCUCAUUACAGAAGCGAUUUCAUCGGGACAGACGCGAGCACCGGAUGUUCAAUAGCAAUGAACGAGACACCAAGGAGAAGCCCAAGGAUCCUCAUAACACGCGCGUGCAGCGAGGAGAGCCAGGACGGAGGAAGUCCAUUGCUGAGGAAACCGUUCCUGGCAAACGCCCUUCCAUGUGACAAGCGGAGAUGGCGUCAUUGUAGUACCGGUAGUGAUAGCAGUACCGGAAGUAGCGAGGCGAGCGUGUGGACCACGGGGGUCGCUCAGAAACUUGCCAAGGCGAAUGCAAAACACGUGUCGGAUAUGUGGCCCCCAUCGCGAAGAUUCGCGCGUGGAAAGAAUUUGGAAGAAGGCGCGGUUCUGGUUGGCACCAGACCCAGCAAUAAUAGCGAAAGCAGUGAUACCACGGACACCACGGCCACAACCACCACCACCACAACAAUGCCCACGAAACCACCCGCCAUGGAGAACGGAUGUUACCGAGAGAAGCAGAAGGAAGAAAUAAACGGUAGGAAGAAGGAAAGGGAGCAUAGCGAGAGCGACAACAGUUGGAGCAGCGUGGACGAGAUCGAGGCGAAGGAAAUGGCGGAGAAAUGUAUGGAAGAGGAUAAUCCCGUGAUCAUCGAAGAGGAGACAGAAGAAGAAAAGUGCAAGCAAUUGAGGCGGAAAUCGAAAACGAUUCGCAAAGCGGAUGUUCCUCAGGAUUGCAAGGAGGCAGCGCAACGCAGGCCGCUUCUCACCUCGUCGUCCUAAGUUUGAUCAAUGAACUCGAAUAUUUUUUCUCAAACUAAUUUAUUAUAUCCAUUUCGUUAUUUAUUAAUAAUUUCCAAGGUACUCGUUCGAAAUGAAACGAUCGAAUCUUAUCAUCUCGUGGUCCAGAAGGAGGCUUUAUUUUUCUCUUGGAAGAAGAAGCCCGACGCGUCCCCCUCAACUAUGCUCGAUAUCAUUUACAACGUAUCGACAUAUCCUGAAAUUAUAUUUUUAUACUUCCACUCAACCACGAAGCAGCGUUAACGAGAAAACCGGGGCGAAUGCGGUUUCGCUGAAACGAGAAGCUGAUUUAAUACACCACGAGCAGGUUAAUCUCGGCGAAAAAGUUGUUCCCCACCCCCAACCCGAGAAAGUCCAAGGAAAGUUGAUCGGCCAAUCAUCCUUGUACGAGUGUCGGCGAGACUGGUGGAAAGUUCGCGGAGGGAAAGAAGCUCGUCAUAAUUUUCUUCGCGAUGAUAUUCGCGACCGUACGAAACUUUGUCCGCGAACAAAUAAGCUUAAGAAAGUUCUUGCUACGAUUUGAGAAUCAUUGUUGGUCCUGAAGAAUUUCAAAUCGCUCUACUGUUGGCUCGAAGAGAACGUUUGGUACGAUUUUAUAAUUUCAUACCUGAUAAUUAUUUCUCCCUCCGCUUUUGCCGAUGUUCCUAAUUAAUUGACUCGUGAAUCAUAGAGAUUUAAUGGUGCGUUAAUCAACCAUUGUGUGAAUAAUAAAAGAAAAAGUGUUUGAAGAAUAGAAAUGUGGAUGAUAUUGAAAUAUUGAAAUAAAAAUAUAAUAAAUUCUUUAACGUAAUGGUAAAAAUGGAUAUUCAGGUGCAACGGUAUUGGCAUAGGGAUUAAAAGUUGAUAGGAUCGAUUCCUCUUGUGAAAUAUAAUUUAAUAAAAUAAAUAAGGUUCUUCGACAAAUUUACAGAAAAUAAUGAAACAUUUUCAUUUCAAAAUACUGGAAAGGUCACUUCUUCAAUUUGCCUCAAUUAUUGUAACGUGAAAUAGAAGGAAUCGAGGGUUGAAAUUUCUAUGUUUCACGAGUUGCAGAAAAUAUAUUUUAACAUUGAAAUACUAGGAAAUUCUGACAGGGACUCAAGCGUCUUUCAAUCGUCACGAAUUUGAAUAAAGGUGUAUCUAUGGAGAUAGAAAAUUAGUAAAAAAAAUAAUGUCGAUUAACGUGGUCAUCCAUUGAUCGGGGUUCGAUAAUAAACGGAUGAUCGCGUUAAAUCGAUCGGUAAUAAUAUACGUUAAUGAAGAGCGACGAAGCAUCGUGCGAAUUCUUUUUACUAGCAAGUUUGUACAGCCGUUUUUGUGAAUUGUGGCCAACUUACUGUGUUUGCACCGACGCGGUAAUAAUUUGCAAUUUAGAUCGUAGCGGCAAUUAUUUAAACGUUGAACGAUAUUAAUGUUGGUGGUUAUUGGAAUUGAUGUUCUGAAUUUUGUAGAACACGAAUGAGUGUGUGUGGGUGUAUGAGUGUGUGUGAAAGUACAGUAUCGAGCACAGUAGCCGAGACUAUUGGAGGAGGAAUCCCGGAACAUCGCCAUUUUCCGUAGAGAAGCCUACCAUGCUCGGUAAUGUACAAUUUCAUGAUGCGAAUUGUUGCAGAUCCAAAUGUUCUAAUUAUCGAAAUCUUAAGGAUUUGUUGAAAAAUCAUAUUCAAUUUAAUUUACUUGCACUUGCGGAUGAAAUUUAGUCGUUGAUUUUAUCAAAAAUUAAAAUCGUUAUCCAGUACAAAUUUUAUUUAAUGAAUGUUUGUGUGUAUAAAUCCAAAUCGAAAGCUAUAAAAACAUAUUCUAUUUCAACGUACGUGCUGGUUAGCUUUUGAAUUCGUCAAUUAGAACAUCCGAGAAACGAUCUCGUUAACAGAAACAUGUUACUUUAUCAUUCCGGUGUGAAGAAGUUUAUCGGGUCCGAGUGUUCACGUUAAUGUUAAUAAUAUUAGAUUAUGGGGUUUAAAGUUAAAUAAAACACACAAUAUUAAAUGAAAAAAUGAACCUUAUUAUAAGCUCGGAAGGACGUCUUUACUCAUGAAAGCUGAGCUAAGAAGUGAGGUUUUCUCCGAAUGCAACGCAGGAAAUUCGGUGCCCACUUUAGAAAGAAAAUAACGGCCUGGGUCUGCAACGUGUUUAUUACUCAGGCCUAUAAGUUUAGAUACGGCCAGAGACCCAUUGACUCUGGUUACAAAGUUAGACCUUUUCCAUACAAUGCACCCAGUGUCCCUCAACUCCACAAUUCAUUUUUGCUAAGCUAGGAAAGACAAAUAAUCUAACAAAUAAUAUUAAAAUAUCCCGAUCUAAACGAUGUCUGAGUGUAUGUCGUUAGUGCUAAUAAAACAGAAGAAAUGAUCUAAAAACAAAAAAGAAAAAAA